CUCAUCUUUCAGCUGCUCUUUCUUCCUCAGCCCCAGCAGAGCAGACCUCAAGAGGGUUGUUGUUGUUUUUUUACUCCUCUUUAGUUCCUGAACGUCAGAGGCAUGUUACACCCAGCUGCUGCUGCUGCUUUCAGUCCUGACGAGACUUUUCUUCUUCAUUUUUGRUGCUUUAAUCACAUUUUCGGCAGUUUUUGGAUUGUAUUAUUUUAAGURAAACUACAGCUCUAAUGAACACCUGGUAGAGAAGCUCCUCUUUAUCUCCAGCUGCAGAAUGUUCCGGUGAUGUGCAUCGUUGGCAUCUUCUCGGUGCUUGAAGGAUUCAUGGGAAAGCAGCACUGAGGGGACGGAGCGGAGAGCUUUUUUUUUGUUGUUGUCAGGAGCCUGAAGAGAGAUGACGUGUGAAGCUGAGCCCAACUUGUGUUUUUCAGCUGUUUGAGUUGAGCAGAUGUGACGGACUUGCUUUUAUUUCUUUUCCUCCCUUUAGUGCCGAUCGCUUCAGACGGCACUGGAGGUGAGGAGGCUCAGCAGCUGUCGGGCUGCAGCUAUGGACGUUGAGUGUUUUCCUCCCUCCUCACCUGUGACCUCGCCCUUCGUGUCAUCAUGCCAGAUGAGCUCGCUGCCUCCAUCAUCUACAUCCUGCUGGAGCUGCUGAUCGCCCUCUUCUCUGUGCUCGGCAAUGUGUUGGUGUGCUGGGCCGUGUGCCUCAACAGCAACCUGCAGAGCAUCACCAACUUCUUYGUGGUGUCGCUGGCGGUGGCCGACAUCGCCGUGGGCGUCCUGGCCAUCCCCUUCGCCAUCGCCAUCAGCACCGGCUUCUGCUCCAACUUCUUCGGCUGCCUGUUCAUCGCUUGCUUUGUGCUGGUCCUCACGCAGAACUCCAUCUUCAGCCUGCUGGCCAUCGCUAUAGAUCGCUACAUUGCAAUCAAGAUGCCGCUCAGGUACAACAGUUUUUUGACGAGCCAGCGAGCUCAAGGUGUCAUCGCCAUCUGCUGGGCUUUAUCCAUCAUCAUUGGUCUGACCCCCAUGAUGGGCUGGUACAAAAACAAGCUGCCAAAGAGCACCAACGACAGCUGCUCCCCUGGCUUCAUGACGUGUCUGUUUGAGGAGGUGGUGGACAUGGAGUACAUGGUCUACUUCAACUUCUUUGCCUGCGUACUCAUCCCCCUCCUGCUGAUGCUGGCCAUCUACUUGUGCAUCUUCAUGGCAGCGCGCCACCAGCUGAGGCUGAUCAAAAUGAAAGUGGUUUAUGGGGAGAAGUCACGCUCCACUCUGCAAAAGGAGGUGCAGGUAGCCAAGUCCCUGGCCAUCAUCGUGGGCCUGUUYGCCGUCUGCUGGCUGCCUCUGCACAUCAUCAACUGCUUCAACCUCUUCUGCCCCGACUGCCCGCGGCCCCCUCUCUGGAUCAUGUACGUGGCCAUCAUCCUCUCUCACGCCAACUCUGUGAUCAACCCCUUCAUCUACGCCUACCGCAUCCGGGAGUUCCAGAAGACCUUCUGCAGGAUUAUCCGCCACCACAUACUGGGUCAGCAGCCGGUGUGGAAGAGCUGCGGCAGCGAGCGCAACUCCACUCACAACAGCAUGGCGGGCUCCGUCAGGCACAAAACAAACACCCUCAGCUCGGACUUCCUCACAGAGCAACACUGCAGCAACAGUAAAAACACCAACUGCUGUCCUGCUCACAUCCCACCUGUCGGGGGCGUUCUGAUGGCAGUGUCUCAGUCUCCUCUGUCAGUUGUCAUCUCCCACUGCCCUCAGAUGAGGCCGUGUGCGCUGCACGCUCUCAGGCAGGCCGAAAUCCCCCCAGCCCAUCAUCUUUUAUGCCCCGAGGAGCAGGAGCACAGCAGCACAGGAGCAGAGGUCCUGGAGGAAAAGGUCAAAGAGGACCUCGACUCCAGUCAGGUCUCACCGCUGUUCAACAAGCAGAGCAGGAAGAAUUGCUUUUGUGAGCUGGACAGGGUGUCCUGACACGUUAACAAGGAGGAGGUCAGCCAUUAAUUCAGCAGCACUGUGAUUAAACGUCAGCUUCGGCAUUGGAGAGGAGAUACCAGCUGAUAAACUUUACUGGGGCAAAAUAAAUCUGCUUUCCACGAGAGAAAAGACUGCCUGCAGGAUUGAAAAUACUGUUUCUAAUUUAAUCCAGAGUAAGAGUUUAUAGCACUGCUCUUGGUCUAAACUGCUUUGUAACCUGACAGGAUGGUUUAUUAUAAUUCUGCAGCUGAUACUUUGGUUUAGGCUCAUCACACAGAAGGUUUUACACUUUUAUUUCAGCAGAGAAGACCCUUAAAUACUUACAUUUAGAUUGUUAGGGGCUCAUAAAUGUAGCACGAGUCAGUUGGUAGAGCUGAUGCCUCUCAGCAAGAAGGUUGCCAGAUCA